AUGAAUACGUCGACUAACAAUAUAGUAACCUCUUCAACCACGUCGUCAAAGUACAAUUUUAUUCCGAAAUUCAGUCAUAGUCAUCAUCAUCAUCAUGGUAACGCCGAUUUAAACAAUUAUAAUGUUAACAAUGCAGUGCCAAUAACACAGCCGCCGCUGCAACUAACUCAAUCUCGUAUAGUAUCAAACGAUAUAAUUGAUUCUAUUGCAAACACUCUCUCAUUUAAUCGAACUGUGAGCUCGUCGUCGUCAAUAUUGAGUACGCCAAGUAAUAAUAUAAGAAGAUACAAACAACGACAGCAGCAACAGCAACAGCAACAACAACAGCAACAGCAGCAACAACAACAACAGCAGCAGCAGCGACGCGGUUACGGAGAUGAGAAGCACAAGAAAGAGGACAAGACAAUUAGCAGAGUCCUGAGGAAUGGUCAGUUGAUCAAAAACAAAUUGUUGAACCUUCAUCAAUCUCAUAAACAACAGUUAAAACCAGAUUGUAUAGAGCAGAAACAAGUACCGCUGCCUUCGAAGCAGCAUCUGCACCAGUCUCAUCAUCACAUCCAACUGGCAACUGCGGCACUUCAGAAAGAAGCGCCAGCUCAUAAUAAUGCCGAAUAUAUAUGUCAAUCAUUAAUCUUUGCCAACUGUCUGUCUAGUGAAGAAGAAGAAGAAGAAGAACAACAACAAGAAGAGAACAAUCUUGACGAGGAACUAGGAAUGGGGCUACCAUCGCUGCGCAGUUUAAUACGGUCAAUUCCCGGAUACACCAGAGGCGAACUUGAUGCUUUAUUGCAAACGCCAUCAACGCCCUCAAUAUUCAAUGCAGACUAUUAUAAUCAAGAUAAAGUUGAAGAAGAAAGGAUUCUUGAGGAGUAUAAACGGAAACAAUUACAGAAACAGGAAUGUUUAUAUUUGAAAACUAGCUCAAUGGCUGUUAAAAGACAAUUACAAUUGGAACAACAAAGAGAGAUGUUAAUUAAGAUAUUUGGCGAUAACAAUUGUAUGAACCACGAAGUGCUAAAUAGUGGAUCAACAACAAGGAAACAACUUUAUGGACAGCCGCAGCCGCAGCCGCAGUAUUUAGAUAGAGAUAAGAUUAAUUUUCUACUAGACGAGGAGUUGACGUUUAAGUUUAAUCUUGAAGAGUUGAGAAAAACAAGAAGGAAAACGGAGAGGUUAGUAGAUGACGAUUUGAGUAUGUUUGAUGAUAAAGAUGCCUUUGAUGAAAGCUGUAAUGAAAUUGAACUUGGAUUAGACAAGUUUUUAAAAGGGUCAAUAGGCGUCGAUGAGGAAUUGUUGUCGAAAAGGGGGAAAGAGGUAUUAGUAAGAUUGGGUAUCUCUCAUUUGAGAGCAAUUAUGAAGGAAGAAAGUGGUGAACUAUCGAGCGAAGCGAGAUAG